GAGGAGUAAUGGCAUAGAAAGGCGCUGCUGCCUGUGCUGCUCGUACUAAUUACUCGUUUUUCACGACACAUGAAACCUGAAGUAACGAGUGAAGAGGAGCAGCUGAAAUUAAAAGUGACUGAGCUCCUUCACACAGUGAUGAGCUGCAGCUCCUGCGUUCUGUCUUGGAUCUAAAUCUGUCGCUAUCUUUCCUAUUUUCAGAUCAUCUGGAGUCAACUUCCAGCUUUUUUUAUUUCGAUUCCUCACACAGUGGAAUUAUUUUUCUAACAAAGGCUUGUCAAGCACAAAUACUGCCAGGAUGUGGUCUUGCAUCACAGACUUCUUCACCUAUGAAACCACUAAGUCGGUGGUUGUGAAAAGUUGGACUAUUGGAAUCAUCAACCGUGUUGUCCAGCUCCUCAUCAUCACUUACUUCAUUGGAUGGGUGUUUCUCACUGAGAAGGCCUACCAGAUUAGAGACACGGCGAUUGAAUCCUCUGUGAUGACCAAGGUCAAAGGCUUUGGAAUCUACAAUAACAAGGUUAUGGAUGUAGCAGACUACGUCACUCCUACACAGGGAGCUUCGGUGUUCUGCAUCAUCACUAAACUGAUUACUACAGAGAACCAAGUCCAAGGAUAUUGUCCUGACAGUGAAAAAAGAAAGUUUCUUUGUACAGACGACAGAAACUGCACAAAGCACAUUAAUAAGCCGGCAAGUUAUGGAAUUGCUACAGGGAGGUGUGUUCCUUUUAAUGCCAUGAUCAAGACGUGUGAGAUUAAGGGUUGGUGUCCUGCUGAGAUCGACACCAUCAAGCC